AUGGAUGGACUAAAACAGCCUCAGCACAGACCUUUAAAGUGCUAUGUGCUUCCUCAUCCUCGUCAUCCUCAUGACGAAGGAGUGAGCGCUGGAGACGAGAUCCUGCAGCUGAACGGGAAAGACUCUCUGUGCCUGACCUUCUCCGACAUGAAGACGGCGUUCUCCAAAGCCUCUCUGUCUCUGACCGUCAGCACACUGCCCCCUGUGGACCGGAGGCAGCUGUGCUUCCUGCCCCCACGCCGCUCUGGGGCUGAGGACGACCUGUACACAGACAUCUUCUCCCAGAGCCAAGGUGAGCUCUAA